GUCCCGGAAGCGCUCAGAAGGUUACAAGCUGAGCUACCUCUAUAUAUUCGUCGUCUCGAGUGCCCGCGCGCAGUAUCGCUCGCGCAUGCGCUCAUUCUCUGACCGUGUAACUUAACAAAAUGAAAUACCUCAUUAUCGUCGCUUGUAUCUUCGGGAUGGCGUAUGCUAGACCCGGUCUAUUCUUCGCCCAGCCUCUUCAGCCUAUUGGAGUGGAGUACGUGUCAGGUCCGGCUGCUGUCCACCCGCAUCCUGCUGUGGAACUGAAUGCUGCCAGCGAAGCCCAGCUUCCCCGAGGACUGUUGAAGUCCAGGGACUUUUAUGACAAUCCUCACAUCGCUGCAGGUUUGGCCAAGGAGUCCUGGUUCACUAAUAAGGAGAUGCAGGUUGUUGAGAGGGAAGCGGAGAAGAUCCCUCGUGAGAGCAUCUAUCAUAUUGUGAAGAAUGCCGGCUUUUUGGAUAGGCAUUAAGAUAGAAAAUUGUUA